UUGUGGUGUGUAUGACUUCAGUUAGAACUAGGAGUUAUUGAUAGAGAGUGAACAAAAGAAAAUGGCGCUUGUAGUGGGCAGAGGAUUCCUUGUUCAGCCGUGCUCUUCAUCCUUCAUUUGUAAGAAUGUUUAUAAACCCUUGUCAGGUGUAACAAACACAUUCUGGCCUACCAGACCAGGAACCACUCGAUGCUUAACCCAGACCGUGGUUAGAGCCCAGCUGCGCCCUACAUGGCUACCUGGGCUUGACCCUCCACCCUACCUGGAUGGAAGUCUGCCUGGAGAUUUUGGUUUUGACCCACUUGGGCUUGGAGAGGAUCCAGAAAGCUUGAAGUGGUAUGUGCAGGCAGAGCUGGUUCAUGCUCGCUUUGCCAUGCUUGGAGUUGCUGGAAUUCUUCUUACUGAUUUACUCCGCGUGACAGGAAUCAGCAAUAUACCAGUUUGGUAUGAAGCAGGUGCAGUAAAAUUCAAGUUUGCCAACACAGAAACCCUAUUCAUUGUCCAACUAAUAUUGAUGGGGUUUGUUGAAACUAAGAGGUACAUGGAUUUUGUUAGUCCCGGAUCUCAAGCUGAGGGACCUUUCUUCGGGAUAGAAGCCGCAUUUGAAGGUUUAGAACCAGGAUACCCUGGUGGCCCUUUGCUAAAUCCUCUUGGCCUGGCUAAAGAUAUAACAAAGUCUCGUGACUGGAAACUAAAAGAGAUCAAGAAUGGACGACUUGCAAUGGUAGCCAUGCUCGGCAUCUUUGUGCAAGCUUCUGUGACUCAUGUAGGACCAAUUGAUAACCUUGUGGAGCACCUCUCAAAUCCAUGGCACAAAACCAUUGUUCAGACCCUUGCUAACUCUGGCUCUUAAAUGUGAAUCAAACUUGGUCUCCCUUGUCCCUAUACAAUAAAAAUGUAAAUUUUGUUACAAGUUACAACAAUAACUUUUCAUUUGUUUAGUUUUAGGUAAGUAAAGGUUCUUGGUCAAGAGUUGAGUAAUUCUUUGUCAUGGAAUAAGAAAUUAAGAUUGAAAUUGUCCA